ACGGAUGGCUUCAGCGAAGACAGAGUCUUGGGAGAAGGAGCCUUCGGCAAGGUGUACAAGGGGGUGGUCGACUCAUUGCUCACCGUCCGACCCUUCAGAGGAAUUGUUGCUGUGAAGAUGCUGAAUCGAGAUGUUCUUGCCGACCAUGGUGACAAGCACAUGAAGAAAGAGAUCAGCGUCUUGAGCCGCUUUCGACAUCCACACAUUAUCAGACUGAUCGGUUAUUCUGUGGAUCAUGCUGAAGAUGCUGGGGAACGUGGACGCCCCGCACAUGUUUGCCUGGUGUAUGAGCUGGGAGCGAGGGGCUCUCUUGCUCAAAAUCUAAAGGACGACAAUCUCUCGAAGGAACUGACUUGGAAGUUACGAAUUCAGAUCAGCUGUGGACUGGCAAAGGCGAUCAACUACUUACAUUCUCACGACGCGAAGCCUGUGUUUCACCGGGAUGUGAAGAGUGACAAUGUUGUACUCACAUCGAGUCUUUCUCCGAAGCUCAUCGACUGCGGGCUCGCCAAGUUUGUCGGAGUAGACAGAAGUUCGCUCACUGUCACAUCCACCUGCAACCUGCCAGUCGGCACUCCUGGGUACAUGUGUCCCCGUUACAGCCGAGGAGGGAUCGACUUCGAUGCCAAGUGUGAGGUUUUCUCUCUCGGCAUCGUGCUGCUCGAGAUGCUCACUGGA